CACUCAUCUUAUCCGUCUAUAUAACCCAACACCCACCACCCGUUCCUUUCCACACCCCAUAAUCAUCCUACAAAAUCACCCCUUUUCCACUAUUGCAAUCACGGUACCUGUUACCGCAGAAAAAAGAGAGAGAAAAAGAUCGAACCUUCUCGCCGGAGAAAGAGCACAGGUUUGGGGUAAAACCCGGGAACGACAAGUUGCAGACAUCACGGCUAUACACGGGGCAACGCGUCCACUCGCACAUGUCCGAUCGGUACGCCAGAAGGGUCGUUCAAUAACCAUUGAGAGCAACCCUUCUACGCACGGCGGACGCGGCGCUUUGCCGUCCGAAGGCGGUAGCCCUUCUGACCUCCUCUUUCUCGCCGGCGGUGGUUCCAUCUUCUUUCUCUUUCUUGUAGCUUAGGUUAUAUUAGGCUUAGAAUACGUACCAAUAUUAUUGUUAUUAUUAUUGUUAUAACAUAAUCUGCCAAAAUCUGCUUGCUUGAUCGCUGUUUGUUUAAAUUACCAACGAUUUGAAGAAGAGGAUGUUGAGGAUUAAGAGGGUUCCUACUAUUCUUUCGAAUUAUCAAAAGGAGGAGGCUGAGGAAGGUGGUGUUGCACGUGGCUGCGGUCGGAAUUGUCUCAGAAAAUGUUGUCUGCCAGGCUCUAAGUUGCCUCUGUAUGCUUUUCCGAAAACCGAUAAGGUUGAAUUGUGUGGGAAAAAUGAAAUUCCUUUUGCUUUCUUGGACUCCCUUCUUCUUGGAGAGUGGGAGGAUCGAAUGGAGAGGGGGCUUUUUCGCUAUGAUGUUACCGCCUGUGAAACUAAGGUGAUUCCGGGUGAACACGGUUUUAUUGCUCAACUGAACGAGGGACGACACCUCAAAAAACGACCCACAGAGUUCCAGGUUGAUAAGGUGCUGCAGGCCUUUGAUGAGAACAAGUUCAACUUCACCAAAGUUGGGCAGGAAGAAGUACUGUUCCAAUUUGGACCAAGUGAAGAUGGUGAAGUGCGGUUCUAUCCAAACGCUCCCAUUGACGUUGACAAUUCACCAAGUGUUGUUGCUAUCAAUGUUAGUCCCAUUGAAUACGGGCAUGUGCUUCUUAUCCCUCGAAUUCUCGAGCACUUACCUCAAAGGAUCGACCACGAAAGCUUAUUGCUUGCACUGUACAUGGCACACGAGGCCGGAAGUCCUUACUUUCGUCUGGGCUACAAUAGCUUGGGUGCAUUCGCCACCAUCAAUCACCUUCACUUCCAGGCUUACUACUUGGCUGUGCCAUUUCCGAUUGAGAAAGCGGCCACUAAGAAGAUUACUGAUUUUAACGGUGGGGUUGAAGUUUAUGAGCUUCUCAACUAUCCCGUUCGCGGUCUUGUAUUCGAAGGCGGAAAUUCUCUAAAAGAUCUUUCGAACUCUGUAGCUGAUACCUGCAUAUGCCUUCAAGAUCACAACAUACCUUACAAUGUGCUCAUUUCAGAAUCUGGGAAACGCAUCUUCGUCAUUCCACAGUGUUAUGCAGAGAAACAGGCGUUAGGUGAAGUGAGUGCCGAGCUUCUAGAUACUCAGGUGAACCCGGCCGUGUGGGAAAUUAGCGGACACAUGGUGUUGAAAAGGAAGGAGGAUUACGAAGGCGCGUCUGAAGAAAAAGCGUGGCGACUUCUUGCGGAGGUUUCUUUGUCUGAAGCGAGGUUUCAGGAAGUGACAGCGAUUAUCUUCGAAACAGUUUCGUGUGCUGCCGUUGAGAAAAUGUUGCAGGAGGAUAAGCAAGAUGCUGAUGAAGUCGGUAUUAACAAUGGUCUGCGUGCGGGCAUUGUGUCUGGGAAGCAAGAAUGCCUAGUCCAACACUAGGUGGUUUCGUGAAAUGAUUUCACGAAAUAUGUUAUUAUCAUGAUUAGUGUAUGUUUGGGAUGUUCUCGUGGUUUUGGUGUGCUAGCUACGAGAAUGAUCGUCCCUUAAAUAAAGAAUCAUGGGAUUCGGUUUGUUUGAUUUGGGUAUGUAGUGUUUGUAAAAUGAUCAUGGAUGUUAAGUUGUGUUGGACGUAUGCUUGCUUGCAUGUACAGAUUUCAAUUUCAGUGUGUGCUGCUCUUUGAGCUAAUGGCUGUUGCCUGAUAAUGCUAUUGUUGUUUUGUGCAA